AUGGCCACGUUUGUAUGCAGGGUGCAGUUCUUAGAUGAUACUGAUCCAUUCAACAGCACCAAUUUUCCGGAGCCCACCAGACCACCUCUGUUCACCUUCAGAGAGGAUAUCCCGCUCAUAAACCAGAUAGCAGGGGUGCACAGACUUCUCAAGGCUCCACAAAAGCUCGAUGACUGUGCGCUGCAGCUAUCCCAUAAUGGAAGCUACCUGGACCUGGAGUCCACUCUGGCGGAGCAGAGGGACGAGCUGGAGGGCUUCCAGGAGGACGGAGGGAGGGGCAAGAAGCACAGUAUCAUCCUGCGGACUCAGCUCUCAGUGAGAGUCCAUGCCUGUAUAGAGAAACUCUUCAACUCGACGGGUCGGGAGCUGAGACGAGCGCUGUUCUCUCUGAAGCAGAUCUUCCAGGAUGAUAAAGACCUGGUGCAUGAGUUCGUGGUGGCUGAGGGACUCACCUGUCUCAUUAAAGUGGGAGCAGAAGCAGAUCAGAACUACCAGAACUACAUCCUCAGAGCUCUAGGUCAGAUUAUGCUGUAUGUGGAUGGGAUGAACGGGCUGAUUGGACACAAUGAAACGGUGCAGUGGCUCUACACGCUGGUGGGAUCAAAGUUCCGUCUGGUGGUUAAGACGGCUCUGAAGCUGCUGCUGGUGUUUGUGGAGUACACGGAACCCAACGCUGCGCUGCUCAUCCAGGCUGUGAGUGCUGUGGACACCAAACGAGGUUGUAAGCUGUGGUCCAAUGCCAUGGAGAUUCUGGAUGAGAAGGACGGAGUGGACACUGAGCUGCUGGUGUACGUCAUGACCCUCAUCAACAAGACGCUUGCAGGUCUUCCAGAUCAGGACUCAUUCUAUGAUGUGGUGGACUGUCUGGAGGAGCAGGGUAUCGAGACCAUUGGCCAGAGGCACCUGAAUAGGAAGGGCACUGACCUGGACCUGCUGGAGCAGUUUAACAUCUACGAGAUGGCUCUUCGUCAUGAGGAUGGUGAUGAUGAGACGGCUCCACCUCCAGUGGGCCGGAAGGACCGCCGUAGGGCGAGUGUGUGCGGGACGCUGGAGAGGCGGGGCCUGGAGCGUAGGCGGAGCCGCAGACACUCGCUUCAAAACGGCAAAGGCCCCGCCUCUGCUCCCGCCUCCCCCUGCCAUAGCCACACCCCCAACUUCAUGCCGUUUAACAGCCAGAGGAUUGAGGACGUCACAGAGAGUCUCUCGGAUGUUAGGUACUUAAACACGCCCUGUUCCACAUGCGCGUCCAGAGCCACUCUUAGUGUCGGCAGCAGGCAGAACGGCUACGCGGCCACCUUCCCCGGCAGAUCAUCCGGCGUAUCCAGCGCCCCCUCAACCCCCUUCGGCCGCUUCAUCUCUACAGGAAGCCCACCUGCAGACGGAAAACCUGACAGGCCGGCUCUGGGGGGUUUGCUGACCUCCUCUUACAGGCAGCAUCAGGAGAGUCUGGCUGCGGAGCGAGAGAGGAGGAGGCUGGAGAGAGAGGAGAGGCUGCACAGGAUCGAGCGCGAGGAGAGAACCCGCUUCAACCGUGACUAUGUGGAGAAGAGAGAGGAAGUCAGACACGCUCGUGAAGAAAGGUAUAAGCAAGUGGAGCGUCUGGCAGCGGAGGAGUACGAGAGGGAGCGCGUGACAUCAUCACCACGAGGACGGACAGAGAUCACACUCAGCCUGAGCUCUCGGACCCCCGUCACCACACGCUGUCACACACACAUCUCCACGGAGCCUCAGGAGGACACAAACACUCACACACACUCCGCACAAGAAGCUGAGCCAGUGCAGACAGCAGCACAGCCUCCCUCCGAGCCAGAGGAAGAACAGAAGCCUGUGGACGAGAAGGACAUAACCCUGUCCUUCCUUCAGACGGAGAGCGACACACGGCCGGACGAAACAGAGAAAGAGCAGCUAGCAGGAGAUGGAGGGAAACAGGAGGGACAAGAGGAGAGAGGAGAGAAAGACAUGACCGGGAAAGAAGAGGAGGAAAGGGAAGAAGGAACGGAGGAACGAACGGAGGCAGAGGAGGAGGAGGAACAAGAGAAAGAACAGAUGGUGGAGGAGAGCGCCAUCCUCAGUGAGAAAGAGAGGCAGAACGAGGAACUGAAUGAGAAAGAUAACUGUUCUGCCUCCAGCAUCUCCUCAGCCAGCAGCACUCUGGAGCGCGAGGAGAGGGAAGAGAAGCUCAUGAGUGACAGUGACUCAGGUCAGUGGGCAGAUUGCAUUAAGACUGCAGAGAUCAAUGAACAAUGUGGCAAAGUCCUCAACAGCAAGCGCUUCAUGCUGGACAUGCUCUACACCCAGAACAAGAAGCCUGUAGCAUCGGAGGAGGAGGAGAAGGAUAGUGAGAAAGAGAAGGAGAAGGAGAGGGAGAAGGAGAGAGACUCAAGCCUGGCCUGCCGAAUCUCCACACUGGAGGCCCGGCGGCAGGCCUGCGAGGAGAACGUGAAGAAGAUGGAAGUGCAGCACCUGGACAACCAGGGCAACGUGCGAGCCGUCGCCGAGAAAUUCGGAGACUUGGUGAAGGGACUGUCUUCGUCUCAUGAAGCAGAGCAUGCCGGGAAGGAAAAACCGCCGCCCCCACCACCAUCCCCCACACCUGCACCUGCGCCAGCCAAGAAGGAGUCGGACCACAUCUGGGACCAGCUGAUGGACCCCCGAGAGCUCAGGAUAAAAGAGAUGGACUUCACGGACCUUGGGGAGGAGGACGACGUGGACAUUUUGGAUGUUGGGAACAUGAUGGGGUCAGGUGACCACCUGCCCCCUCCUCCCCCACCUCCUUGUAUACCCAACCUUCCGCCCCCUCCACCCUUAUUUGGGUGCCCACCUCCUCCUCCUGUUCCAAGCAUGAUGCCACCCCCUCCCCCACCCUCCAUGACCCCAAUGUCACCUUCGAAUCUCGGAUCCCCUCAGCAUGGCCGGGGAGAACCCCCGCUCUUCCAGAAGAAGAAAAAGACCAUCAGGCUCUUCUGGAACGAGGUUAGACCCACAGACUGGCAGUGCGGCAGCCAUAAGCACUGCAAGGAGUCACUGUGGACCAAACUGGACCCGGUCAAACUGGACACGGCCAAGUUGGAGCACCUCUUCGAGACCAAGUCCAAGGAGCUUCCUGUUACAAAGAAAACAGCAGCAGACGGGAAACGGCAGGAGAUCAUCGUUCUCGACUCCAAAAGGAGCAACGCCAUCAACAUCGGGCUGACGGUCCUCCCGCCGCCUCGCACCAUCAAAACAGCCAUCCUGAACUUCGACGAGUACGCGCUAAACAAGGAGGGCAUAGAGAAAAUCCUGACAAUGAUUCCUACGGAAGAGGAGAAGCAGAAGAUCCAGGAAGCUCAGCUGGUGAACCCGGACACUCCUCUGGGCAGCGCUGAGCAGUUCCUCCUCACGCUCUCCUCCAUCAGCGAACUGACCGCACGCUUGCAGCUCUGGGCCUUCAAGAUGGACUACGACGUCUUAGAGAAGGAAGUGGCCGAGCCCCUACAGGACCUGAAGGAGGGCAUGAAUCAGCUGGAGAACAAUAAGACAUUGCGCUUCAUUCUGUCGACGCUGCUCGCCAUCGGCAACUUCCUGAACGGCUCAAACGCUAAGGGCUUUGAGCUGAGUUACCUGGAGAAGGUUCCGGAAGUGAAGGACACUGUACAUAAGCAGUCUCUGCUGCACCACGUCUGCUCCAUCGUGGUGGAGAAGUUUCCAGAAGGUUCUGACCUCUACUCCGAGAUUGGAGCCAUCACGCGCUCGGCUAAGGUGGACUUCGACCAGCUGCAGGACAACCUGUGUCAGAUGGAGCGGCGCUGCAAAGCAUCAUGGGACCACUUGAAGGUCAUCGCCAAGCACGAGAUGAAGCCGGCGCUGAAGCAGCGCAUGUCGGACUUCCUGAAGGACUGCGCCGAGAGGAUCAUCAUUUUAAAGAUCGUCCACAGACGCAUCAUCAACAGGUUCCACGCGUUCCUGCUGUUCCUGGGCCACCCGCCGUACGCGGUGAGGGAGGUGAGCAUCCACCGCUUCUGUAAGAUCCUGAGCGAGUUUGCGCUGGAAUACCGGACCACCAGAGAGAGGGUCCUGCAGCAGAAACAGAAAAGAGCCAACCACCGCGAGAGGAACAAAACCCGCGGGAAGAUGAUCACCGACAGCGGGAAGUUUGCGGGCUCGUCGGCGGAGGGUCCGGAGGCUCCGCCCCAGGGGCUGGGCUACGCUGAGGACGUGGCGGAGCACGAGCAGAUGACUGCAGUUCUGCGCAACAGCCUGCAGGGCGGCGACAGCACCACGUCCGUGCUGCCCGGCCUCCGCACGCGCACCAGAGCCAGCCGAGGCCGCAUGGCACUGUGGUCAUCAGCCAAUGAAGAACCGUCGAACGGUCUAGAGGACACGGCGGACGAGAUCAUGGAGCGCAUCGUGAAGUCGGCGACUCAGGGCCCGAGCCAGCGCAGCCAGCCGCGGGAGAGGAGGCGCUCCAGAGCCAACCGCAAAUCCUUAAGAAGAACACUGAAGAGUGGUCUGACCCCAGAGGAGGCUCAGGCUCUCGGACUGUCCAGCGGCUCUGAGAUGCAAGUGUGACACAAAAAAAGGACUGGAGCAGCUCAGGGUGUCGACACUUUCUCACACACAGACACUGAGAGGAGAGCGACUUUCACCACCACUCGACCCGCCGGACUCCGCGGCCGCCGCGCCGCUGCCAUGGAAACUUCACACUUCAUCACACUUUUACACUUUUAAGGCAUUUUCAGAAGACAAGCACAGCAGGAGUCGGUCAGCACAUGGCCGGCGCUCUCGGCCCGGUACUGACGGACCGGCGGACCGGUUCUCCUCUGCAGAGACAGACUAGUGUUUCUAACCACUGUGGCCUUGAGAGUAACCCAAAGAGCUGCGCUUCAGCCAGCUGCUCUCUGUCGCCCCCCUGUGGUGAUAACAGACAGACUGUAUUGAUUAGUAGCACCUUCAGCAUUAAAGGAGCGGUUCAAACCGAACAGACACGCUUUUCCACUCAGCCCAGACGGAGGCGACCGGCCGAGACACGUUCCGAGGACAAAUUUAGCUUCCGGAGCUUCGAGGCCGACAGCAGAAGUUCUGUAGAUACAUCUCGGCUCACUCUGGUCUUCAGUUCAGCCGUUUAGGACGCAGCGUGACCGACUGUGAGACACAAACACGAAGAAAACUUCAGGAUGUAGCUCAGCUCUGCGCUCUUCUCACGCCAGGGUUAUUAUUAGGGCUGUAACGAUUCUGAAAACGAGGCCACAACUGCACCACUGCAGAUGCAGCCUGUUAAGCUCUCUCGCUUUUGAUACCAGCCACUUCGUUUUCCACUGCAGAUAUAGCGCCCCCUCAGUGUAGCUGGUCGUCAUAGCGACACCACAUGAAACUGCCGUGACGUGAAGGAGACACAUGUUGUUCAGAAGAGGCAGCGACACAAAAAGGCAGGAGAUUUAGUUUUUCACUUUGGUUUUGAUUUCAGUUUAGUUUCAGUUAGACUUCGAGUUUAGUUUUAUUUUCAGAAAAAUAAUCUUUUCAGAGUUUUAUUUAGUUUCAGUUUUAGUUUUUCUAUUAUUAAUAUUAGCAGCAGACUGAGCUCAGCUCGGCUCCAAGACCGAACACAGAAACACAGAAACACACUUUUAAACUCUGAUUAAAACUAAAAAAACUAAAACUAGCUUAUUUUUAUUCCAGAUAAGGAGCACAUUUUUCCACUGCUAGUUUUGGUUUUGAUGAUAGUUUUAAUUCACUGUAAUAACCCUGGCGCAUCACGCGUCACUCAGUUACGUUCACGUUUAUUUUUGGAUCUUCAUGUAUGAUCAGUUUGAAAACUGAAGGCUGUUAUUUAUAAACAGAAACAGAAAAUGAGAAGAGAAACCUGUGAUCUGUUGUCCGAAGCUACGUGGUGAAGUUUUGUUCAUCUUGACAGCUCACAGUGAGCCCCUAUGGCGCCCCCUAGUGGCCAUUCUGCUGGCAGAAUGGAAAUCGAGUGCGAUAUUUUUAAUGAAUUAAAUAUUUGUCCCCGUAACUCUUAUCAGAUGAACUAGGACUGUCUUUCUGUGCGAAAUGUUGAGCUGCUAG